AUCUAAUCCUAAAGGAUCUGUACUGCCUCUCCAGCCUACUCAAUGUACAUAAGAAACCCUCCCCCCGGGUGACACUUCCUGCUCAGAGAGAGGGCCCAGCCUCAGAUACAGACAACGCACAGAGUGACAAUUAGGUGGCCAUUGUGAUGUCACUGUGGGAUCUGAUCUCCUGGGCUAUCCUGCUUAUACUGGGGCUAUUCCUAGUCUCCUUCCUCCUCUACUCUACCUACCUCCACUACAUCCACCUGAAGUAUGACCACAUCCCGGGACCCCCCAGGGACAGCUUUCUUCUGGGUCACGCCCCCUCACUAAUGAGAGCGAUGAAGGCGGACAGCCUGCUGCAUGAGCUGAUUCUUCAGUGGUCACAGCUCUACGGUCCCGUCGUUCGUGUUUAUGCUUUCCACAGAGUGAUGAUCCUGGUCAACAGCGCCGAUGCUGUUAAGGAAAUUCUGCUGUCACCCACAUUCACAAAGGACUCGGUCUACAAGAACGCUUUCCAUCUCUUUGGUGUCAGGUUUUUGGGGAACGGCCUGGUGACAGAUCGCGAUCACGAGCAUUGGCACAAGCAGAGGAGGAUGAUGGAUCCCGCCUUCAGCAGGACGUAUCUGAUGGGAUUGAUGGGCACUUUCAAUGAAAAAGCAGAGGAUCUGAUGGAGCAAUUGGCAGAGAAAGCCGAUGGGAAAGCAGAGUUUUCCAUGCAUGAGAUGAUGAGUAAAGUAACGCUGGACGUCAUUGCGAAGGUCGCCUUUGGAAUGGAACUGAACUCUCUGCGUGAUGACCAGACGCCCUUCCCCCGAGCGAUUUCCAUGGUGAUGAGAGGCGUGAGCGAAACCCGCAACCCUCUGAUAAAGUUCAACCCAGGAAAACGUGGUUUUAUCAGAGCCGUCCAGGAGAGCGUCCGGCUCCUCCGCCAGACGGGCAAAGAAUGCAUAGAGAAGAGACAGAAGGCCAUAGAGGACGGGGAGGAGAUACCCACCGACAUAUUAUCACAGAUCCUCAAAGGCGCAUCUCUGGAAAAAACAUGCGAUAUGGAAAUUUUGUUGGAUAAUUUUAUCACCUUCUUCAUCGCUGGACAGGAGACGACAGCCAAUCAGCUAUCAUUUGCAGUGAUGGAACUGGCACGAAACCCCGAGAUAUUAGAGAGAGUUCAGGCAGAAGUGGACGAGGUGAUUGGUUCCAAAAGGGACAUUGAAUUUGAAGAUCUGAGCAAACUGAGUUAUCUUUCCCAGGUCCUGAAAGAGACUUUGCGUUUAUACCCCUCGGCCCCCGGCACCUCCCGCAGCCUGGAAAAGGAAAUGGUCAUCGAAGGGAUUCCCGUUCCUGCAAACGCCUGUUUAGUGUUUAACUUCUAUGCCUAUGGGAGGACGGAGCAGUUCUUUAACGACCCGCUGAAGUUUGACCCGGAAAGAUUUGGUCCGGAUUCCAAGAGACCACACUUCACGUACCUUCCGUUCUCUCUGGGGCCUCGAUCCUGCAUCGGACAAGUAUUUUCUCAGAUGGAAGCCAAAGUGGUCAUGUCAAAACUACUCCAGAGGUUUGAAUUUGAGUUGGUGGAGAGACAGAGCUUUGACAUAGUCGACAACGCGACCCUUCGCCCCAAAGAUGGCGUCAUCUGCAGGCUACGGCCACGAGGACAUAAAUAGUUGAAACUUUUACUGUUAUUGUGUCAUCUAUUAGCAUUUAUAGAUGUGUUGUAUAAAUGCAGAAAUAUAGAUAUUUUAGAGAACCCUU